ACAACGAAUUAACGGAACCUUAAGUUUGAACAGUUCAUCCUUUGCCGCCACUCAGUCCACCACUAUGCCAUCACCGCCUCCAUUUCCGCCGUAGUAAUUGCUGAAAAAUCACAUAUCGCCAAUUUAUAUCUCGUCCUUUUGAAUGAAGAAAAGGCUGCAAAGCCUCUUCGGUUCUCUAUGCGAUUGCGGCGGUUGCCUGCGUCACAGAAAUGUUUCUUACUCUAUCUCCACUUCUCAAAGACCUGGACCUGGAGGUAUAUUGAACCCAGAUAGACAUUUUCAUUGUGGUGAACAAAAUCUGAAAGAUAGCAACUGUCGCACCAUGCCACCUCAUGCGGUUCGAUUGCAUAUUCAAGAUCGUCAUGUCGUGAUGGAUAAUGGCAUAGUUCAAGUCACAUUAUCAAAACCUGAAGGAAUUGUUACUGGCAUACGAUAUGAUGGAAUUGACAAUUUGCUUGAAGUUCUUAAUCGUGAAACAAAUAGAGGAUAUUGGGAUCUUUUCUGGAAUCCACCAGGAGGCAAGGGAAUCUUUGAUGUGAUUAGUGGAACAAGUUUCAGGGUGAUUGUGGAAAAUGAGGAACAGGUUGAGCUCUCAUUCACAAGAAUGUGGGAUCCCUCCCUGGAGGGAAAGUACAUUCCCCUAAACAUAGAUAAAAGGUUUAUAUUACUCCGUGGUUCUUCAGGCUUCUACUCUUAUGCCAUCUAUGAGCACUUACAAGAGUGGCCAGGUUUUGAACUUGGCGAAACCAGGAUCACUUUCAAACUCAGAAAAGACAAGUUUCAGUAUAUGGCUGUAGGAGAUAAUCGGCAAAGACUGAUGCCCCUGCCUGAUGACCGUAUGCCAGGAAGAUGUCAAACCCUGGCCUAUCCAGAAGCCGUCCUUCUUGUUAAUCCUAAGUUCCCAGAGCUUAAAGGAGAGGUGGAUGACAAGUACCAAUAUUCAUGCAAUAAUGAAGACAAUCAGGUCCAUGGGUGGAUGUCCUUCAACCCACCAGUGGGGUUUUGGCAAAUUACACCAAGCAAUGAAUUCCGAACUGGUGGGCCCCUCAAACAGAACCUGACCUCACAUGUUGGCCCCACCACGCUUGCUAUGUUCCAUAGUUCACAUUAUGCGGGAAAUGAUCUGGUGCCAAGGUGCAACCUUGGCGAGCAUUGGAAGAAAGUUUUUGGCCCAGUUUUCAUCUAUCUUAAUUCUGCAUCAACUGGAAAUGACCCACUUUUUCUGUGGGAAGAUGCCAAAAUACAGAUGAUGGCUGAAGUCCAAAGCUGGCCAUACAGUUUUCCAGCCUCUGCAGAUUUCCAAAAGUCAGCAGAACGAGGGAAUGUAUGUGGUAGACUACUUGUCCAAGACAUGUGUAUGAGUGAGGACCAUAUUAUAGCAAGUGGUGCUUAUGUAGGGAUGGCCCCACCAGGUGACGUUGGAUCAUGGCAGAGAGAAUGCAAGGACUACCAAUUUUGGACCAGAGCAGAUGAGAAUGGCUUUUUCUCCAUUAAAAACGUCCGUACAGGGGACUAUAAUCUUUAUGCAUGGGUUCCUGGAUUCAUUGGGGAUUAUCGAUUUGAAGCUGUCAUUACCAUAAACUCAGGUUGUAAUAUCGAAAUGGGUGAUCUUGUAUAUAAGCCUCCUAGAGAUGGACCUACAUUGUGGGAAAUAGGCAUCCCUGAUCGUUCUGCUGCAGAAUUUUAUGUUCCUGAUCCUGAUCUCGUGCAUGUCAAUAAAUUAUUUAUCAAUCAUCCUGACAGGUUUAGGCAAUAUGGGUUGUGGAGCAGAUAUGUGGAUUUAUAUCCCGAGGCGGACUUGGUUUACACAGUUGGUGUCAGUGACUAUCGCAAAGAUUGGUUUUUUGCACAGGUAGUGAGGAGGAAAGAUGAUGGUACACAUGUAGGUACCACAUGGCAAAUAAAGUUCAAACUUGACAAAGUUGAUCGAAGGAACACCUACAAAUUGCGCGUGGCAUUGGCAUCUGCAGCUCUGGCAGAACUGCAGGUUCGUGUUAAUGACCCAAAUGCCCCCCGCCCUGUAUUUACAACUGGACUAAUUGGAAGGGACAAUUCGAUCGCAAGACAUGGGAUUCAUGGGCUCUACCGGCUGUACAAUGUGAAUAUACCAGGUGUUCGGUUAGUUGAAGGAGAGAAUACCAUCUUCUUGACACAGCCAAGAUGCACCAGCCCUUUCCAGGGUCUCAUGUAUGACUAUAUUCGUCUGGAAAGUCCUCCAUCUUCAUGAUCCAUAAAUGAAAUUUCAUGUUCAUGUAAGUAAAAUAUUUUCAAAAUGGUUCACAAAAUAAUGCGUGUGUGUAUGUAUGCCUAUGUCUGAGUUUACCUUCAUAGGACAAUAAGCCAAAAUGUGUCGAUGUACGGAUGAGCUAAAUGUGGAAUACAACUAUGCAUAUGAUAAUUUAUGUGUUGUCUUAUUUCA